CUCAUUUCAAUAUGGAGGCUUUUGCCGGGCAGUCUGACAGAUCAGACCAUGCCAUGGUAGCUAAGGCCUAAUACGUAGAUGUUUUGUGUCCGGAAGUAAUAACAUAUUCCAUGAAUUAGACAUCAUGUAAUCGUCUGCUCCUGUUUCUUUUACUUCUAUGGGCUGUGUGUGUGAACUUCAUCGUCUGUCCUGUGUGAAUAAAUAACUACAGAAUGAGUCUUGGUUUUGUUGGCCGACUUUUCUCUGGAAUCAAAGGGUAUUACAAUGAAAUCAAUGGUGCUACACUGACUGGUGCAAUUGAUGUCCUAAUAGUAGAGCAAGAAGAUGGAACUUAUUUGUCAUCACCAUUCCAUGUUCGCUUUGGGAAGAUGGGUGUUCUGCGGUCAAGAGAGAAAGUGGUUGAUAUUGAGAUCAAUGGUGAAGUGGUUGACCUACACAUGAAACUUGGGGAGGCAGGAGAGGCAUUCUUUGUACAGCAAGUCUGUGAGCCGUCAGAGGAGUUCCCUGAGUAUCUGGCAACAUCACCGAUUCCCUCCUCCAUGGCACUUAUGAUGGGCGGUGUAGAGGGCUUGAAGCUUCAGGCACAACAGUCCGAUGAAGCCAAGGUCACCGAGUGGCAGCAGAGGUCAUUACAUGGAGCCAUUCCUGAAAACACAGAGGACGAGGCGUCCCUCAUUCACACAAUAUCAUUGAAAGACCUCAAGUCUGAUAGCUCACAUGAUGAAUUGUCGUCGUCAAGCAAACAGAGGCGGAAAGUGUACACAAAGAAGAAACAAAAGUCAGGUAAAUGCUCUCCAAGAACUCAUCUAACUGGAUCAGACCAAGACGGUGUUUUCGAGAUGGACACGUCUGAGUCCUCAGAUGAAGAGCUGAAGAAACUGUCUGUCAUGUCAAAGAGCCUCAGUAUGCCAUUACCCCAGUCAGCAGAAGACAAGCCCCACAUCAAGAGCUGGAGGAAGAGUUCGACUAUUGAGGCAUUUAUGCAUCCCUUGAGUGAGCCGGAGAUGGACCCUUUGGAUGCUGGCAGCCCACUUCCAUCCCGCUGCCCGAGCCCCAAGAGUGACACUGAGGUUGAUCUUCAGCGUGUGGAGGACUCGCAGCGUUCGCUGCUGAUGGAAGAUAGCGGCACCUGGGAGUGGGGAGCCUUUCCUACACCCCCACCAUCUGAGAUGAAGGUCCCAGAAAUAGACCAUCAGGUUAAAGAGGACGAGGGCUCUAAGCAACAGGCUGGUGGUCUGUUCAAGUUAUGGAAAAAGACGCCAGACAAGGACAUCAAGAGAGAGACAAAGGAGAUCUACCUGGAUGAACUGACUUUAGAAGACCCAGAGAUGGCCAAAAUAUACCUUGGUACUCCUAAAGGGUUCCAGUCAAUCAAGGAGAAAGAAGAUGACACAGAAUCUGGCCGGGGCCCCUCCCUCCCACAAUCUCCCCAUUCUGUAGAAGGAGCCAUUGGUGGGCCAUCCGUGAGCUUCCUGCAGUCUGAGGUUCGCCAUCUUGGCCGCGUGUCACUGUCGCUCUGUGGUGGCCUUGGUGACCCUGAUGGUGUCAACCUUGACAAGUUCAUGCAGAAGGUUGUGACCUUUGACGACCUCAGUGAUAGCCCAAAUAUGAUAACGAACCCCGACUUGGUUGUCAAGGUAGAUGAUGGGUAUUUCAACUGGGCAACCGCCUCACCGAUGAUUCUAUCACAGAUCGUCUUCCGACAAGAUCUCCCAGAGAGUACAAGUCAGUCACUGAUCAAAGAGCACAUGCCCAAGAAGGAGAAGAAGAAGGGCUACUCUUGGUUCUCGUGGCGCCGUGGUGAGAAUGCUGUACCCCCCUCGUCUGCUUCCAGUGCUUCAGAGCUCAACAUAGACACAUCCUCCAACAAGUCGAACCUGAGUGACGUGGGCAGCCCCCCUACAAGCCCCCCUCCCAGUGUGACCAGCACUCCACGCAAGGUUAAGAAGGACAGCAAUGCUGAAGGUCUAGAAGAGCACCACACCUCCAGUGAAGCAGACACAGACCAGUCAGAGAAGGAUAGCAUCGGCAGUCCAAAGACAAGUAUGGUCGAACCCAGCAGUGCCAAGACUAGUAUUGUCGAAACUAGCAAUACCAAGACUAGUAUUGUUGAAGCUGGCAGUCCCAAGACUAGUAUUGUUGAAGCUGGCAGUCCCAAAACUAGUAUUGUUGAAGCUGGCAGUCCCAAAACUAGUAUUGUUGAAGCUGGCAGUCCCAAGAGUCUGUCCCCAGGUAGUCCACGGUCAGGCAGUGUCAGUCCCAGCUCCCGUGCCAGCAGUGUCAAGAGUGACCACAGCGGUCACAGUGUCAAGAGUGACAGUGCUUUCAGCUUGAGUGCCAAGAGUGAUGUGGUGGUCAGUGCCAAGAUUGAGGAACAAGCUGCCAAGAAUGAAGCCAAAUCUGAUGAUGAGGAUUCUUUGAAACCUGAUAAAUUCAAGAAGACUCUCCGGCUUUCAUCAGAGCAGAUUGCCAAGCUGAAAUUGAAGGAAGGCCAGAAUGAAAUAUCCUUCUCUGUCACAACACAGUACCAAGGCACAACACGCUGUACGUCUCACAUCUAUCUGUGGAAAUACAGCGACCACAUUGUGGUGUCCGAUAUCGACGGAACUAUAACUAAGUCUGAUGUCCUGGGUCAGAUACUGCCCAUUAUAGGGAGAGACUGGUCACAGUCCGGCGUUGCAUCCCUCUUCACAAGGAUACAUAAGAAUGGCUACAAGUUUCUGUACCUCUCUGCACGAGCUAUAGGCCAGUCCCGUAUCACCAAGGACCUGCUGAGAGGCAUCAAGCAGGGGGAGCUGGUGCUUCCUGAAGGGCCUCUGCUGCUCAACCCUACAUCUCUCAUCAGUGCUUUCCAUAGGGAGGUGAUCACCAAGAAGCCAGAAGAGUUCAAGAUCAGCUGUUUGAAGGACAUUAAUGCCCUGUUCACUCGAAGUCCUUUCUAUGCUGGGUUUGGCAACAAGAUCAAUGAUGUCUGGGCAUACAGAGCUCUCAACAUCCCCAACUUCCGUAUCUUUACCAUCAACCAUCGCGGAGAGUUACGCCACGAACUGUCAAACACGUUUCAGUCAUCUUAUACCCGUUUGAGUGAUGUCGUUGAUUACUUCUUCCCCCCUGUGGAGAAGAAGACUCAGGCAUGUCUGGAAGAAUUCAGCUCUGUGAGUUUCUGGAGGGAACCACUGCCUUCCAUUGAUCUCGAGCUGAUUGAUGAAACAAAAGUAGGCAAAGGUGACGGUCGAAAAGUGGAAGCAAAGAAGGAAAUCAAGAGAUGACCACUUGAGAAAGCACCACUAGCCAGAAUGGCCACCCUAGAUCAGGUGGACAGCAGGACUCGUCGGUCAGCCAGAGUGUGGACGUUACCACUGCCGUUUAUGUCCUAGUGUAAUUUAUCUUCAUCACCUACCCGAGUUUAGUCCCUCGGACAUUGUGUAGUCACUUGGUGCUGGUCAUCCUGUGUUCUAGAAUGAACUCAUCGCUUUAGGUCAAGAUAAACGGUCACAAUGAUCCCCAUUGUCUCUUUUGAGGAAAUAAGGGUGAGAUAUAGGUAAACCGAGUUUUGUUAAGACACCUCAGGAAGCUCAUCGAGGAGAGACAGAGGAAGUGCCUCAGCUCCAGGCUAGCUUCAGGCUAUACAAACCUCACUGGGCUCUGCCUUAAAGUCAGUUGAACAAAGAGGAGGUAACUCCCAACAUUGUGCAACCAACUACAUCCUGAUGUCCCUUGAUGCAAAUCUGAAAAGCCAGGUCACUGAAUAUUUCCAAUACCUUGGCUAUCAUGCUGACAUCCUGAAUGUGUUCUUUCACAAAUUCUAGUCUUUGAUCAGGCAUUUACAUGGAUCGUCAGUGGCAAAUUAAGACGUAUUCCAGGAUAUUUACUGAUCAAACUGUCUGGUCCAGAUUGUUGAUAUAUUGUAGCAUUAGGACAUGUCACUGCUUGAUGUAGAAUUGUACACCGUCUAUGCAAAGUCACACUUCAAGGCUUGAUGGAAACACACUGGACAAUCAGUCUACUUGAAUAUUAGUGACACAAUGUUAUAGAUAUGUUGUGAAAGUGAUAAUGGCAUUAACUAUAGCUGUAUAUAGUGUAUUCCCAGUGAUACAACCUAUACCCCCGUGAUACAAAAUGUGCCAGGCUGUGACAACUAGGCUGUCUCUUCAUCUUUCAACAAUGAUGGGAAUGACACCCUUCCCUUAAUUAAUUACUCAUACUAACACACAUGGAUGAUUUACUAAUAUCACUUUGUAAAAUCUUCCAUGUUAAUCCAGAUGGGGGAUUCCACCAUGACCAUUUUUAAAAAUGAACUGUUACAAGAGUUACUUCCCUUUAUUUGAAGCAGUGGCUGCAACUGUAUGAAGCAUUCCUAUUGGACUGUAGGAGAGUUAUCUCCCUUUGCCGGACAUAUUACCCAUAUAUUCAGUGUGCCCCAGAGUUGAACUAACAGCUGACCAAUGUCAAUAACAAUGCAACCCUGACCAAAACAAAAUCUCCAAAGAUGACCAUCAUACCUCAUUAGUUAUGGUUGGCACUGAAAUCUAGUUACCAUGGUUACUUACUAAAAAAUGAGUGUUGAUACCAUGACACAUGGAGUAACACAACUUAAUGAUGUAAUGACUGCCAUGUUUACAUUGUAAACUUUGUAAGUCUGUCAGCCCAUACGAACAAAUAAGUUCAGAAAAUGUGACAGCAUAAUGUCAGCCUAAUGAAAUCAUGCUCUGUAUGUUUAUGACUUGUAUUCAUAUAUGUCAAACAGAUGGUUUUUCAUAUUCAAAUCAUGAUUUUAACUGUCCUAGCCAUAUUGUACUUACUGUUGAAUCUACAAUCAUUGUUCUUUGUCAUAACAAGGAGCACUUAGUGUAUGAACAUGGAGUAUUUGAUACACCCAGAGCGACAAGAUCGAGAAGCUGUGAUGUAAUUGGAGUAUUGAUACGAUGAGGCUAUAAUACUGUAUUUUCAGUAACCCGUGUCAAAUGUGAUAUGUUCCAUGAGACUGCUCAAUGUCUCUCUUAAAUGGUACAUGGAUGAUUCAGCAUGUCUAAAGCAUCCCCUUAAAAACUAUCUCCCACGCAGCAGUCAGGGCAUGGUAAGACGGUAGUAAGAGUUAUCCCCCCUGCAAUCAGCAUUGUGCUAUCUGUGAUUGGUGUUACGUCUCAUAUUGCUCAUGCACAAGUCAGCAUUUCAUCAUAGUAGAUCUUAUUUUUAUAUACAUAAGUAUUAGAGGUGUAAAAUGUUCCAAUAACCAAAGAACUAAUAGAUGAAGCUGCUGACUGUAGAGAUGGUUCCGUGUGAUAUUGAUGUUGAUGGAAGCAUAGUUAGCUGUAUCGGGAUGCUACAUCUGGGAUGAUAAGAAGGAUAGUAAAUAUCAUGCUUCAGAUAAAUCACCAUCUUCUACUUCAUCCUUCUUCAUUUCAUAUUAAUUAUUUGAAAUUACCACUCCUUGUGAUAAUCGUAAUUCAAGAAGCUACUUCAUUGGAUAUUUGGUUAACCAUUCACGCAUCUCAUGAUGAAGUAGAAGCGAUCAUUAGUGAAUUAAUGCUGCUGCUACUGCUGCUACAAUGUCUUGCCAAUCUUCUCUCCUGAUGUGAUACCUUGUCUGAUUCAUCUGUCUCACGUGGCUGGUACUUCUGUGUACUUAUUUAAUUCAUGCAAAGCAGUACAAGUAUUUAAUCUUCAUCAUAUUUCAGACUUUCAAGGUAGAAUAGGCAUACAUCUGUGUAUGAAUCAUUGAAGUUUUACUAUUGUGUGAUCAUUACAAUUUGCUCCUCAAUGAUAGGUAUUGUGAUGGCAGAUAAUGUGACCUACCCUCAGUGUACAUUCAGUGAGAAACAGAUGAUCUCAUUUGUUAACCUUAGGGUUACCCUGGUGAAACUCCAUUUUGUCCACAUAUAGUCUGACCCGUCAUUGAGACCCCCCCAUGACACCACCACAUCAUCCAGUGUAUAUUAGCAUCCAUCACUUCUAUUAAUCACACGUUUUUAUUUUUAUUAUACAACCUUGCAUUUCUCCUAUGGUAGAAAUUGACAAUAUUUUCACCUUCUCUUCUAAGCCUGCUGAGACGAACUUAGCAUGUUCAGCAAGAGUAUGUUCCUGACAGGAUGGUUUUGUAUUCCUUAGUCUAAUCAUAUUCACCGCUAUAUGGAAUGGUGUUGUCUAGUGCUAUGCUAUUACUGUGACGGUUUACGUAGUGUGUGUUUGCUGUUUGUUGAUAAAUGUGUGUAUAUGGUGAAACCUCUUUUAUCUAGACGACGACUCUGAGUGAAUUAGUCUAGAGGAACUAAGUUUCCGAUUAUUGGGUCAGGGUAUGAAGUAGUGUUGCUGUACAUAUGUAGACUCUCUCGACAAGAUUGUCUGGAAGGCGAUGUUUCUGGACAAACGAGGUUUCACUAUAAUGUGAUCUGUACAUAUCGUGUUACUGUAUAUUAAACUGUCGAGUACACUAUCAUCUUCAUAAUACCUACACCUCUGUAUUGUGGACAGGACGCCAGGGAGUAGACAGAGGCUGUUUCAGUGCAUUUGACUCAAAAAUAUAUUUUACACGUUCUCAAAUUGGACUUGGACAUUCCUUGAUUGUAUUUAUCGUCUUUGAUUCCCCAAAAGAUUAGAUACUUUCAGAGUCACUGAUCAGUUGUUAUGGCGCUGUGAUAUGAGGUGUGCCUGUCCUGUUUGUAGAGGUGUAGGGACAUCAGUACGUAUGCAGGCUGAGCCUGAGAGCUAUCACAGUAUUGCAGUUCGGGUAAAAUUAGAAAAUAAUAUUUAGAAAUGGUGUACAUUUCGUGAUUACUGACUUGUUGGGAAAGACGACAAAACAUGAACAUUCUUUAUCCUUUCAUGACAGCCCAAUUGUUUUUUUGUUUUCUGAGUUUACCCUAAACAUGCUAAAUUUUCUAAAUUAAAAAUUAUAUAUACAAAUUUCAAAAACGUUUUUUUGCUUGUAUUUUUUCAAUACAAGUUUUAAUUUUUCUUCAUUUUGGGAAAAUUUAUGUUGCCACUUGCUACUUUGUUUAUUAACCAAGAGAAAAACAAAUAAGAAAAUAUAUUGAUGUGGCCUAAAUGGGAAUUCUGUAUACCAUUUUAGUAAUAGUUUGCAAGUAUGUGAACUAGCUUGAUCAUUUAAAUGAAGGUCAUGGAGUAAUCACAUUCCUAGGCUCGUGUACCUGCACACGGCGGCUUGUGCACCCUGUGUUGGUGUGCAGUGCUGUGCUCAUUGCAUGUUGCAGACAGUGCAUAAUGUCCCCGAUUCCUUGGGAUGCCGACAGUCUGUGUUCUCCUCUCAUCGUGUGUACAUGUGAUCAUCAUAAAUGUGUUAUUGACUAUUUUGUUAUCAAGUACAACUAGAAUUAUCUGGUUAUGAUACUGUUAUUUUGUUUCAGCUGAUGGUGUAUGUUUUAUGUACCCACAUGAAUAAAUGAACUAUUAUGAA